GUACCGCCCAGGUACCGCCCAAGCACCACCCCCGAGGAGGAGUACCGCCGAGCACCACCCCGGGAAGGAGCCCCCCCGGCACCCCUCUCCAGGAGCACCCCCAAACGCUCGCCCUGGAGCCCAGGUACCGCCGCGCGCCGCCCCGGGGAAGUACCAUCGGAGGUCGUGGCCGUCUCCGCGAUGCGGCCGGGCCCCGUCGCCCUCCUGACCGCCGCCGCCGCGCUGCUGCUGCCCGCCGAGGCCUACAUCCACGCGGUGCUGGACCCCAACGCCACCAUGGAGUUCUCGGACCUUCCGGCGCUCUUCGGCGCCCCGCUGCCUCGCGAAGGCCUCCUGGGCUUCGUGGUGGAGGCGCGGCCCAGCAACGCCUGCCGGCCCAUCGCCCCGGCGCCCGGCGCCAACGGCAGCGUCUUCAUCGCCCUGGUGCGCCGCUACGACUGCGACUUCGACGUCAAGGUGCUGCACGCGCAGCAGGCCGGCUUCGGCGCCGCCGUGGUGCACAACGUGGACUCGGAGAAGCUGCUCAACAUGGUCUGGAACGACGAGCGGCUGCGGGAGCAGAUCGCCAUCCCGGCCGUGUUCGUGGGGCAGCGCGCCGCCGCCUUCCUCCGCGACACCUUCAGCUACGCCCGCGGGGCCCACGUCGUCCUCGUCCCCGAGUACGUCUUCCCCCUGGGCUACUACCUGGUGCCCUUCACCGGCGUCGUGGGCGUCGUCGUGGCCGUCAUGUGCACCGUGCUGGUCGUGCGCUGCCUCCAGCACCGCAAGCGGCUGCGGCGGAACCGGCUGUCGCAGGAGCAGCUCAGCAAGAUCCCGGUGCACCGGUACCGGAAAGGGGACGAGUACGAGGUCUGCGCCAUCUGCCUGGACGAGUACGAGGAGGGCGACCGGCUGCGGGUGCUGCCCUGCGCCCACGCCUUCCACAGCCGCUGCGUGGACCCCUGGCUGACCCGCACCCGCCGCACCUGCCCCGUCUGCAAGCAGCGGGUGCCGCCGGGCGCCGAGGAGGCGGCACCCGAGGGCGACGUGGGGGCGGGGAGGGCGGCGGGGGGGCCCCCCCUGGGUGCUGCCUCCGAGCGCACCCCGCUGCUGCCCCCCGCCCCCGUCUGACCCGGACGCCGGGGCCCCUCUGCGCCCCCACCCCCACCCCCCAAAUAAAGGCUCGUGGCCAACUCG